UUGCAUGUUACGAACGAAGUUUUAAUCAUUAGAAUUUGAUUUCCUGAGUAUUUUGCAAAGCCGACUUAACAUUUAAACCGAAAUGGAGUUCGAGAGAUCGACAAUUCGAACACGGGAAGACGAAUCAGUCUGUCAGACAAGCAGACGAUAUUUACGGAAGCAAGUAGGCAAAAUGGUGGCAGACGAGAAAUUAUUUUUCUCGAAAGCCGUCCAACACUUGGCCAGGUGUCUAGCAGCAAUCAAGCCUACACCAUGGGAGAAGGUCACACAGCUGUUCAAAUUAUGUCCACAAGAAUCUGCUCAGGGUAUAUAUAGGCUAGACCAAAGAGGUCAAGAUGCAACUAUUGCACUGGGAAUAUACUUCCUGGGAUCUGGUCUGCAGCAUCGGGACAAGAUAUUACCUUAUCUUCUCCGAUUGCUACGUGGUCUUCCAAAAGCUGUGUGGUUGGAUGAAGUCAGAUGUUCACCUAGCGAACGUGUUCCUGUUGCUGAACGGUUUAGUUUCUGCUUGAAUACAUUGCUCAGUGAUGUUGCGGCCAGGUGUGAACCUGUACGCGAAGAAAUUAUUUCUACCCAAGUGGAAAUAUUAGCAGUACUAACGAAUCUCAUAAGAGGAUUCAAAGAUCAAAAUGGGAACAGGGGGAUGCAAGCGAAAUUGUCGUUAUGUAAAUGUAUAGUUCCAGUGUUAAUCGGUUUAGCUCGGUCUAUGGGUCGAUUCGCGUAUACUGACCCGCCACUUUUAUGUCGUAUUUUUCCGAGACCAGAGCCUCCACUCUCGAUACCAAAUAAAGAAAUGCGUUUAACAACGGAUAAGAAACAUCAUAGCUUUUCCAACUACCGACCGAUUAUUCCUCGUUCUUUAAGUGGUAACUUGAAUCCUCAUCCAGCUAUAGACAAUGUUCCAAGCCUGUUAACCAUAGAUCACGACUAUCCUUGUGCAAAACGACCGUCGUUGCAAUCAUAUUCAUCGGUGCCCUACGAUCCGGCUACAUAUUUUUUUAGCAGAUACGGAUCGAGUUUCAAUCAGUUUCCUCAAAUGAGAUGCAACGAAAGUCCAGAGCGAAGGGCCGGCAUGCAGUUUAACGUGGUACAUCUGCAAAGUGUACUGGCCUUGGCAAAAAAGCUGCUUACCAAAGAAAUUUUAAUGUUUCUUGACGAGGAAGCUCAACAAGUUUACAAUUCUGGACAGGUGCAAAUAUUUCCGUACCGAACAUUUAACGAAACUAUGAAUCUAGUAAUGGUUGCGCUUUUGCGAGAAUUGUUGCAAAAUCAACGAGAUUUGCCUACUCCUUUCACGAAAGACGUGCAAGAAUUCGUUAAAGGCCUUUUCUUAUCCGGGCAAACGGAACUGCAAUCGCGUCAACACGAUGCGAGCGAGCGCGAAGAUAUGGAUACUAAUUUUCGUACUGUAAAUAGAUUUAAAGUAAACGUAAUGGCUAAUUCUGCGUGCGUCGAUCUCCUUGUCUGGGCGAUCGGUGAUGAAACUGGUGCGGAUAGUUUAUGCGGUCGUUUAGUAGAAAAGAUUAAUUCCAAUCAUGGACCAAAACUGGUGCUGGCGCACAUGCCUUUACUGAUGGUAUGCCUUGAAGGAUUAGGGAAAUUAGCACAGAAGUUUCCUAACAUAGCGAGUACAUCUAUUUAUUAUCUUCGGGACUUUCUUGUUGUCCCAUCGCCUAUACUUCUUAAGUUAUAUCGUCAACACAGUGAAAGAGGGAAGGAUAUACACGAUCCGAAGCAAAUUACUUCCUCGCUGCUAACAGCCUUUGAGAAAUUACGAGACGCAGCUAUCGGCAAUCUUUGCAUCGCUCUGGAAGCUGCGCAUUCUGUUAAUCCAGAUUGUGUACCGGCAUUAGUUGCUAGCGUGUCGAAUAGAUUAUUUGCCGCCGAUAUAUGCGAUGGUGAAUCUGAUGAUAAAUCGAAUAGUGAAUUAAUUUCGAAGAAUAUAGUGAUUAUGCUGGGACACGUCGCCGUCGCGCUGAAAGACACUCCAAAAACUAUGCGAACGAUAUUUCCAUUCUUUCAACAAUUAUUUUGUCGUACUCCGAGCGAUCUUGAUUUCUUGAUCGUCGAUCAGUUAGGAUGUAUGAUCAUUGCAAAAUGCGAGCCAAAAAUUUACGAAGGUAUAAUGCAAAUGUUCUCUAUGUCACUGGGCUCCAGUAGCGCUACUUAUGCCUCGAACGAUGAUCGUAAACAGUAUUGUCACGUUGCUAAAGCGGUUACAAAUGCUCUUGCGAAUAUAGCAGCAAAUUUACAGGGUGAAACGGAGCUGGACGAUUUGUUACUCCAUUUGCUCGAACUUUUUGUUCAGCUUGGAUUGGAAGGCAAACGGGCCAGUGAUAAAGUAUCGACUAAUGUUACGAUGACGAAAGCAGCAAGCAGUGCAGGACAUUUGGGCGUGCUCAUUCCUGUAAUUGCUAUACUAGUGCGACGACUCCCUCCGAUCAGACACCCGCAAAAGAGACUUUUGAAGCUCUUCAAAGAUUUCUGGCUUUACUGCGUCGUAAUGGGCUUCGCUGGCGAUCAAGCGUCAAGAUUGUGGCCCGCGGAAUGGUACGAAGGUGUCAAGGAAAUUGCAGUGAAGUCACCUUAUCUUAUUUCGCAAACUAGCGCACGAUUGGAAAUGAGGGAGUUGCAAUACACUUCGGCUGUACGUAACGACAGCGUCUCCCUAAACGAAUUACAAGAAUUGAGAAGUCAAAUAUUAAAAUUAAGCACACGGACAAAUGACAUAUCGCAAUACGUAACAAAACUACAGUUUGCACAAUGCACGUAUUUAUUAUCGGUGUAUUCGCUAGAAACAUUGAGAGUGGCGAACAAUCCGCAACCUAGUUUGCAGCCGAUAAUGGAAUAUUUAUGCGAUACAGAUUUGCAGAAAGAUAAAAGCGGUAUGUGGCAAUGCAUAUGUUGCGUCGCUGAUUCCGCUUUUGUAAAAUUCAAGGACGUUAUGCAACGUAAACCGAAAGACGAGAGGCGCGAGAAAGAACUCGAGAAUCACGCUCAAUUCCUCCUUGUGUAUUUUAAUCAUGUACAUAAACAAAUUAGGCGCAUAGCGGAUAAAUACCUCAGUGCAUUGGUCGAUGCGUUUCCGCAUCUCUUGUGGAAUUGUAAAGUACUUUGGAGCAUGUUGGACAUAUUACAGAUUUUGUCAUUCGCGUUACAAAUUGACCCAAACGAAGAAACACCAAUCUUAAGAAUACCUGGUACACCAUACAGUAUUGAACUUAUGGACACGUUGGAAGCAAGAGAGAUUAUUGUGAAGGAUUUUACUGCGAGAUGUAAAGGUAUAGUGCAAGAAGCAAUGAAAUGGGCACCGCAGGCCACUAGAUCACAUUUACAAGAGUAUGUAAAUCAAAUUCCAUCUUCCGGAUUCAAACAUCACUCUGGCUUAUGUUUGUCUACGGAUUCGGUGCUUGAAUUCGUGGAUCUUGCUGUACCGAGUUCGACUUUCCCAAAUACUAAUUCCUUGGAUAAACGACCUCGUGGUCCGAAGGGAGCUAGCUCGUGGCUUCUAUCGAUGAUGUCAACGCGAUCGCGAUAUGCUGGAGAAAUAGCGGGAAUGUUAUCGCUGGCGCAUACCGAAUCGUCUACAACUGCGAUGUCCUAUGAAGAGAUUAGAAAUAAGGUUGUCGAUUUGUUAAUCGACGCCGUAUGGAUGACCUGCCGUGAUCGAAAUGAUGUCGAACAUCGUAGUGCUCUUUGGCGAGCUACUGCGUUACUAAUUUCCGUGCCUGGAACACAUAGACGUUUGUUGCAUACAGUUGCCUCGUCGCAGAUCGAAUUGUUUACUUCUACGGCUAUGACUACAGCAGUCGAAUGUUGGCAAUGGAUACUUACCGUGCGACCGGAUUUAAAAUUACGUUUCUUGCAAGAGAUGCUCGUUGCGUGGCAAUACACCGUUGACAAGAGAAUGGGUCUCUUCGCACCGGACGAAGAGGAAAAUAGUCCGCUAGCAGUAUACGAGGGCUGCAAGUUAAGUCCGAAUCCACCGCAGGUGAAACCUCACGAUAUUUGGGUGACAUUUAUCGUGGAACUAAUCGAAACUGCGAAGUAUUGCUGUCAAGAAACGGUUGAUAUGAUCGCCAUACUGUUACAUCGAUCACUUCCUAUGACUGUUGGCGCGUCCGGAGAAGAGCCUGGAUUAAGUCGACACAUCGCUGCAGUCGGUGUACGUUUUAAGUUGCUUUCCUGUGGGUUACUCCUUCUUCAAGGCGACAUAUUACCAAGGACAUUGAGUAAAAAUGUAUUACGAGAACGUAUAUAUUGUAAUUGUUUGGAUUAUUUCUGCCGCGAUCGCCAAGUACCAACGCAGGAGAUAGAACAAUUGCACGAGGAUUUGGUUACGCUUAUACGUUUCUGGCAAGUAAUGCAUAGUGACAAAAAAUAUUUAGUAAUGAGCGGUAACGAGAGUGAAUUUGAAAUGUUAACGCCCCAAACGUACUCAACCAGUGGUUUCGGACCCAGUGAAACGAUCAAUUCUUUGAGUACAACUUUGGGUACAACGAAUGAAUUUACGAAAACACCUACAAGCGUUUGGAUUAGUACGGUACCAAUGUCUACCAGUAGCAAUACAUUGGGUAAACGUAGUAAUCGUAGCAAGCGCGUAAUGAACGCUAACAUCUUCGUGAAGGAUUAUAUAAAGAAGAGAAAUUUAAUCCUCGAAUUGUUAGCAGUUGAAAUAGAAAUGUUAUUGGUCUGGAGAAAUCCUAGUGGAAGGCAAGAACUUGCACUUCCAGGAGAAUCAAGUAUCGCGGAGUGGCGUGCAAAAGGAAUGAACGACCGAUGGCGCGAAUACACUCGACUAGCGUGGGAAAUCAGUCCUAUUCUCGCUAUAUUUUUGCCAGUUCGAUUAAAGAAUUCCGAAGUUAUUAUUAAAGAAAUAUGUGGAUUGGUUCGUCAGAAACCUGUACCAGUUAUGCAUAUUCCGGAAGCCUUGCAAUAUCUGGUUACUACAGAUACAUUAUUGAAUGAUGUACCUGAGCUAGUGUACAUGUUAACGUGGGAAAGAGUAACGCCGAUUCAGGCACUUGCGUACUUCUCUCGACAGUUUCCGCACCAUCCGAUUUCUGCGCAAUAUGCGGUGGAAGUGUUAGGCAGUUAUCCAGCGGAAGCUGUACUUUUCUACAUACCGCAACUCGUUCAAGCCGUACGGCAUGACACAAUGGGUUACGUGAUAGAGUUUAUAAAGAAGAUCAGUAAACGUUCUCAGGUAGUAGCGCAUCAAUUAAUUUGGAACAUGCAUACGAAUAUGUUUGUGGACGAAGAUAAGCAAAUAAGAGAUCCAGUUCUCUAUGAUAUACUAGAUUCAUUAGUGAAAAAUAUUUUGGGCUCAUUGUCCGGCCAAGCGAAACAAUUCUACGAAAGGGAAUUCGACUUCUUUGAAAAGAUCACGAAUAUUUCAGGCGAAAUAAGGCCGUACCCUAAAGGUCCUGAACGCAAAGCAGCGUGCCUAAAAGCCUUGUCGCUAAUCAAAGUGCAACCUGGUUGCUAUUUACCAUCUAAUCCUGAAGCUAUGGUAAUUGAUAUCGAUUAUCAAAGUGGUACCCCUAUGCAAAGUGCCGCAAAAGCACCAUUCUUGGCGCGUUUCAAAGUACAAAGAUACGGAAUUAAUGAAUUAGAGAAUAUUGCAUUAGCAGUAUCGGCUAAUGGCAAAGCGGAUGUGAAAAGGGAAACAGAGAAGAAGGAAACUUGGCAAGCAGCUAUUUUCAAAGUGGGCGAUGAUGUUAGACAAGAUAUGCUAGCUCUACAAGUGAUCAGUAUUUUCAAGAAUAUAUUUCAAAAAGUUGGGUUGAACUUGUUCUUGUUCCCGUACAGAGUAGUGGCUACGGCGCCAGGAUGUGGAGUGAUAGAAUGCGUUCCAAACGCGACGUCACGCGAUCAACUUGGUCGCACUACAGACAUCGACAUGCAUCAAUAUUUUAUUACGCGUUACGGGGAUGAGACAUCGAAAGAUUUUCAGAACGCUCGUCGUAAUUUCGUAAGGUCAAUGGCUGCGUACAGCGUCAUUACGUACCUCCUGCAAAUAAAAGAUCGGCAUAAUGGCAACAUCAUGCUGGACACAGAAGGUCACAUCAUACAUAUCGAUUUUGGAUUCAUGUUCGAAAGUUCUCCUGGUGGUAAUCUAGGCUUCGAGCCUGACAUAAAAUUAACUGACGAAAUGGUGCUCGUAAUGGGUGGUAAAAUGGAGGCCGCGCCUUUCCGCUGGUUCAUGGAGCUAUGCGUCCAGGCUUUCCUUGCCGUGAGACCCUAUCAAGAGGUAAUUAUUUCUUUGGUAUCCUUAAUGCUCGAUACUGGAUUGCCGUGUUUCCGUGGACAAACCAUAAAGCUCCUGCGCGGAAGAUUCGUGCCGUUGGCGACUGAUCGCGAAGCGGCGGCCUAUAUGCUCAAUGUAAUACGUAACAGCUACCUCAAUUUCCGUACGAGAACUUACGACAUGAUACAGUAUUAUCAGAAUCAAAUACCGUAUUAAAUUAUCCUUCCCAAAUGACUUCCGUUCACGAUUGUUAAUUUAUAUAAGAUCAAAGAUUAUUAUUUAUGCAAAGAUUGUUGAACGAAUAUAUUAUGUAUUAUACUGUUAGAUGCAGCAGCAUCAAAUCUGCAGCCUGUACAAACCCCUCAGUGUCAAUGUUACUCUUAGACUCAUAAAUUCUAUGAAAGCAUAAAUUAUGCUCUGUAUUUAUGUAACGGUAAUGUAUUAUAAAGUGGACGAAAUUAUUCUAUAUGCCUGGUAUUAAGGCAGGAGGAAAUCUGUAUAUGAAAAACAUUCCUUUAACUAUUAUUUAUGUAUUAUUAUUGGUUAAACAUUAAAGACGAAAUGAUUAAAGAA